AUGAGUACGUUUUUGCCUAGUCCGACACACCCGUCGCGUGGCAAGCGCGAGAAUGGCCAGUCCGCAUCGUCAGACGUGAACCAUCGACGUCGAUCAGACGCGAUGUAUGACUCCGAAACGAAGGAAAUGUUGCUGGUGAUAGAGACGCAGAACGACUUGAAGCAGAACGCGUGGCGUGGCGAGGCGCGGCGCUGCUCUAUUGGUGUUUCAUAUGACAACGAUGCCACCCGUCACUCCGUGAAUGACAGCCCCAAGCACCAUCACGGGUCUCAUGACGGGCGCAGGCGUGACGAAGACCCGGAGCAGACUGCCCGCAAGUUUGAAGGCUGGUUGGCUGAAGUGGAACAGCGUCAGGGCCAAAUCAGCACCGUGAAUCAGACAGAUCUCUGCCUGUGGUUUCACGAGGAGCGCCUGGCUGCCAAGACGCCGUUUGCGGCGGUGGUGCCGUGCCCGGCGUCGCUGCGGACGGACAAGGCUCGCCAGCGCGUGGUGCAGGCGAUUAACGCCUUCGCCUUUCCAACCUUCUACGUGCAGACGUUGCCGAUGGGUGCGAAGCUGUCGGAGGUGUCGCAGGCCUUUGUGCGCACCCCGGCGCACCUGCCCGAAGCCACGCGGUACAGCAGCAGCGAUGAAAAGGGCAAAUACGCCUAUGCGACAGUGCCGUGCCACAACGGCGCAGACGCGAUGGACUUGAUGGGCCGGUACGUGCCGCUGCAGGAUGCCGUGCGAGAUGUGCCGUGUUUGUUGUUGAACGACUUCUGUCCGCUGACGCCGCUGUGUCUGCGCUGUCUCGUGGUGGCGGGUCGCUGCGUGGCAGCCGAGGUGGUGUGCGACGAGGCGUUCACGCCUCUCUUUGGCAUUCGGCCGAACAACACAGAGGAAGGCCACAACGGCGACGGCGACGGCGAGGGAUACACCACCGCAGGGGAGCGUCGCCGCGCUUCCGCGGCAGCCCGGCGCCGUGAAGCCUCCGCCUCGGAGCUGGGCGAUGAUGCUGAUGGAGACUACCGCACCGCCAGCGAUGUGAUCGCAUUUGGCCUCAAGCGUUUUGUGGAGGAGACUCUUGGCGCCUCGCUUGCGGCGCGCUCCUACACGGCGCUGAUCGCGGCGGAGGUGAAGGGGUUUGAUCCCCGUGUGCUGGGACCGCGGGAGUCGGACCCGCCGUUCUGGCCUGUCAUGACGAACGAGCCACUGCAGCAAAAGCCGUCGCCCUUCAACGAGGCCGGCCUGCGUUUCUACGUGCUCUCCUUCGAUUACGCUGACCCCUGCGCUUUCGAGACGUUUAGUGCACAGGAACUGCACGCCGUCGGCGACUACGUCGUGGGGCGCGAGGGGGAGGGCAUCUACCUGCCACCCAUUCUUCGUUUUGUGGACGGCCACGAGGACGAGCGUGCGGCCGCGCAACCGCUUCCGACGUGGUCCGAGUCGUCCUCCGUGAAGUCCUCGCUCGCCGCCUCUGACGCGUCCAGUCGUGUGUUGCGGGAUGAUGACAGGAAAGGCACGAGGCCUAUUGCUUUGUCGGCCUCAACGCUCAGCGCAUCGAAGGACAAGAGCAGUUUCGUCUCUUCGCUUCAGAGUCACAAGCCCGCUGCGUCUACGAAGGAUAGACUGAACAGGCCACCAACCUCGCACCCCGAUCGCGAUGGCGCGUCGUCGAGGCCGGACAAGCCGUCUUCAUCCUUGAAGGCGACCCCGAUCGUGCCGAAGUCGCGCCGCGCCGACACGAGUUCGAAGAACGGCAGCACCAUCGGUGGGAGCGUCGUCAUCCCGGCUGUAGACGAUGACACGUCCAGCAACAACUCGCACGAUACUCGUUCCAGUAACCGGCUUCCCUCCCGCACGUCUUCGUUCAACCGCCCCGCCAGCGUGGUGAGCAACGGCCACAAACGCAAUAACACAAAUAACGGUGCGACGGCGCCGCACGUCGACCCCGCUGUGAAGUCCCACACGACGACCACCUCCUCCUCCCACAAACACGAACCCUCUCAUACCACGGACGCCGACGGGACGGAGAGGGCACCGUCGGAGGCGUCGUCGCGGCCAGGUCGGGGCGAUAACGCUUCGAUGGACCACAGCGAGACGGCGAGUACCGUGUCGACGCACUCGUCGCGGCGGUUGCCGGAGCGGCGCUUGUCUGCGUUCGCCACGAGCAGCGUCACGGGCAGUCGGCGCAGCAGCGUCGGUCACGAUCAGGACUUUCUCACGGAGACGGAAAGCGUCCGCUCUUCUUUGCCGCCCCGCCGUCGGUCGUCUGUCGUGGCGAGUGCGGCUGUGCCGCGUCCUUCUCCAACUGCUGCGGGGGCUGCUCAAGCAUCUGUGGUGAAGUCUGCCGCUGCCCCGUCGAUUGCCUCUGAUGCUGCUUCGCCGUAUCCCCGGUCGUCUCAGCAGGGGCAGAGCCAACUCGGCUCUACCGGCCGAUCUGCGGAUGACAAGGGACGACCGAUGCCGCGGCUGCCGUCGCCGAUGCGUCCAGAGGACAUCCCAGUGGUGGAAUCGCCCAAUUUUGGCCCCUCGCACUUCUCCGCCGCUGCGAGCACCGCUUCCUCUGCGGCGCCGUCGACGCGUUCGUCUCGCACGCGUGCGAGCGGCGCAGAGCUCGACGCUGACGUGGUGGCUGGCAGUCGCAUUGGUCACCCGAGCAGCACCCGCCCGACGGAGAAGGAGUCCCCAACUCCGACGUCGAAACCACAAUCUCCCUCGGCGUCCGCGGCGCCAAGCGUGGAGAUGCCCUCAACCCGCUCUCGCCACUCUGGCCACCCUGACGACCCUACGGACAACGCACGCAUUGCAGAGCCGGAGAAGGCAGCGAAGUCAACGACGGCGAGCAUGGCGGAGUCCGCGUUGACGCGCAGCAGUAAGUCGGCGUCUAUUCGCACGAAAUCUUCCGCUGCCCCGUCACCACAGGCGCCGCCGCAGGAGCCAGAAGCGUUGCAGUACGAUGCCAGAGAAGAAGCGGAAGAGGGGAGUCAGAUGCCGCGCAGGAGCAGCGCAUGCAACGAGGACAACGCCUCCACACGAUCUGACGCUAGAGGGUCCAAAAGGCGCGACGCCCCAGCCACACAGAAGGAGGACAAUCCGCUCAUUAACUCACCGCCUGCGACACCCGCGUUCAACGAGUCCAAGUCGCCGGCGCCUUCCGCCACCGCCUCUUCCGCGCAGGCGCCGCCAGAGGAUGAAGAGAGGCAGUCGGAGGGGCCGAGUGUGGCGGACUCACCGUCGAAUCAACCUCGAGUGGGUGCUGCUCGUGGGUCGGAUAGGGCUUCGUCUGCGAGGCCGGUGGCGGACAGCGAACGCUCUGGUCCCUCCGCGCCGCCGUCCAACACACCGCAAGCGCCGUCGCAGCAGUCAUCUGUGAGGUCAAAGACAAGCAGCGCCUCUUCAGCGGUGGAUGACGCGGGGGUCGAAACCUCUGACUCGGCAUUCGAUCGUAGCUUGUCCUCCGCCGCACCUGCGCAGGGCAGCGAGGAGGGCUCGGUGGUGCCGGAUGCGAUGGAGUUCCUCAACGGCAGUGGAGAGGAGCCGCCCGCGGUGGACACGACGGCCCUGGCAUCGACCCCUUUGCAGUCGGAGCACGACGCGGAGCAGCAGCAGCAGCCGUCACCCCCACCGUCGUCCGAGGAGGGCGAGUCUCCCACUUCGGCUUUUGAGGGGUCCGAGACAUCGAGCAGCAGUGAACAACGCAGCGCACCCACGAAGGCAGCCACGCCUGCUUCCGCGGGGGAGGAAGUCAGCGCACCGUCGCCUACGGCGGCAAACGCUUCUCCCACCACUGACGUAUCCACAGAAGAUCGCGAUGCCGCGCUUCGUAAGGCACGUCUUCACGCGAUUGCGGCGUUGAUCACCGCAAGGGCAGCUUAUGAGGAAGUGCAGCGAGUGACUGCGAUGUAUAAGCAAGAGUAG